UUUCUCGCUUCUUUUCCCUAAUCGUAACAACGAAGAUCUCGGCAUUUCGAUUUCCGCCUUCCCUGAUUUAUCUCUCUUUUGUUCUGAAAUCCGAUUUCUGUUCUUGCUGCUGCUGCUGGUUGGAUCAAGCUAGACGUCCGCGAGCAUGGAGGUAGUAGUAGAUUUGCUGAAAGGUUUUGCAAAAUCAACUCAAGAUUUCGCUGCCGGCGUUUCCUCCUGGAACGAGCAAUCUAAACGCCGAAGACCGAUAGAAAUCUUGAAGCGGUUACAGAAAGAGGCAUUCUCGGAUCUGUUGAAGCUAAGAGAUAGACAGGACAAAGUGGAAAGAAUCCUUUCAGUCUACAAGUUUUCGAAAGGAAGUCCAUUCCAAGAAACCAGCACCCGUGUAAGAGGAGAUGUUGAUAUGAUGGGGGCAUUACUGAUGAUGAAUGAUGUUGAUGAAAAUAGUUGUGAUUUGUUGAAGAGAGCUCGUAUUAGCACGGGCGUGUAUUCUAGGAUUACUUUUGAAACAACUGUUAGGGAACAUGAUACUUUAGCAGUAGAAUUUGUAGCCAGAGAUAGAAAUCAGGACGACGUUCUUGGUACUUCGCUUUCACUAUCGAAACUGUUUUAUGAGUCAAGUAUUAGGGACUGGUGUUCUAUGGUGGCUAUUCCUGUUGGAGCACAUUGCAAAGAUGUUGCUGUUGCAACCAGUUCUCGUCACAAGAAAAGGGUAUUCAACUAUUGUUCAUUAUUUGGACCACCUCUUCUGAACGAACAUCAUGGUAGCGCCCUUGCCCUAUUGGUAAGGAAAGCAAAAGUUGUUGCUUCUUUGGCUCAAUUUACGUCUAGACUAAUCGAGCAACCCGGUUAUGGAUUUGUUCGAUAUUUCACUACUUUUGGGCAACUCGCCUGUCAACUUUCAACAAGUACAAGGGUUUCGAUUCUGGGUAAACACCAAAUCCAUGGAUCUGCUAGAAAACAGGCCAUUCCUGGAGCUUUGAUAAUGCCGUUUGGCCUUGGGAAUAAUUUCAGAACGGCUGAAACCUUAAUAGAAACAUCUGAACUUCCGGUUGGAAUGCAGCAUUCUGAUGCUGCUGGAUCUGUUGCUUUAAUGAUGGAAUCUGAACUUGAUGAGAGUACUAGAAUUGGGGCUUGGGUUGAAAUGCAAAAUUUGAACUCAAAGAAUCUGCAAUGGAACAUUAGCGUAUCGGAUAUGCCUGAAGGCGAAAUUGGAUGGGGUUUGAGUUUGGGCGGGUCGACCCAAGGUCCAAAAUGUUGGAACCAUUUUCAGGUUGAGACGUUACUGAAUAUAAAUUAUUGUAAGAAGUUCAACUUGCAGCCGGCUUUGGUAUACCUAAUGGAUGGAACUAGCCAGUUUCCUGGCAUGAUGAUUCGCUGUAAUUGGUCUCUUUGAAUGAAUCAAACAAUUGAUUUUUAGCCGAUUUGUUUCAUUGAAAAAAUGUUUUGUAGAGUUAUUUGAAUAUGGAAUAUGUCAGUCUUGGAGUUUUGGAAGGUAGUUGUAAGAAGAUCCUGAUAAAGAUCAAUAUAUUUGAU